AUGGCUCUCCAUCGCCUCACCAAGCUGAUGGUGUGCUUGCUCGCAACCACGGCACUCUUGCUUGCCGGCGGCGCGGCAGGCAAGGCUGGCCCGCCAGCUGGCGGCCACGGCACCGGAGCCCUGCCACCGCUACCUCCCGCGGCAGCUCCUCUGCGGCGGGCUCGUGGCGCCGUCGCUCUCGUCCUGCCAGAAGCCCAAGACCAAGAGAGCCAGGGCGCCGGAGCACGCCCACCGCUGCCUCCGGCCGGAGCUCCUCUGCCGCGCUCCCGUGGCACUGGAGCCCUGCCACCGCUACCUCCCGCUGCAGCUCCUCUGCGGCGCGCCCAUGGCGCCCUCGCCCUCGUCCUUCCAGAAUUCAAAGGCCAAGAAAUCCAGGGCGCCGGAGCACGCCCACCGCUGCCUCCGGCCGGAGCUCCUCUGCCGCGCUCCCGUGGCACUGGAGCCCUGCCAUCGCUACCUCCCGCUGCGGCUCCUCUGCGGCGCGCCCGUGGCGGCGUCCUGCCACCGCUACCUCCCGCCGGCGUGGAGACGAUCACGACGCUGCAGUCCGACCCGUCGCCGGCGAUGAAGAUCACUUACCAAGUCAAGGCAAAGUACAUGAACUUCCAGCAAAGCCUUUACUUGUUUCUGACGCCCAGCGGGAGGGAGGUGGAAAACGUUCGCGAGCUGGCUCCCCAUACGGGCCCCAAGAAGCAGCCGCCGAUGUGGAUCCUGAUCACCAUCGAAGGCGAGACGCCGAAGGAGGCGGUAGUUCUCGCCGUGCGGACCGACAAUGUCUACAUCGUCGGUUUCAAGAAUGCGGCGGGAGUCUGGUUCGCCUUCCCCGAGGACAAAGACCUGAUCAAAGGUUCGACGCCGCUCCCCAAGGUGCAUGACUACGGCAGCCUCGUUGGCGGCCGCAAGAAGCUGAAGGACCUCGACAUCAACCGGGACGCCGUCGCGCAAGACGUUCGCUUCCUGUCGACGUAUAGGCUCCCUUCCCGGCCGGACGAGGCCCACAACGCCAAGCUCGGUACCAGCCUGGGGAGGCUGUGCCUUGUGGUCUCCGAGGCGGCCAGGUUCAAGACGAUCAACGCCACGGUGGUGGCGGCGAUGGACGAGCAAGGAGGCCCGAGCCGGAUCACCGAACGAGACACGAAGCUCAUCGUCGUUUGGGGCGUGACGUCCAAGGCGCUGCUUGAUUGGAAAAAGGAUGGAGUAUGGAACCCGAAAGAUAGCGAGGACGUAGAAGAAGCGGGCAUCCACGGCGCACAAGAUGCCGUUAGCGCGCUCAAGGUUAUCCUUUUGCCCAUUGGGUACAAACGGGAGGCUGAGGAAGAUUAA